GGUCUGCCCCGCCAGGGAUAAAGGGGAGCGGGCGCUGUGAGUCCGCGCAGAAGCCGGUUAGUUUGUGCCUGCUGCGCGGCGCUGCCACCGACCCUGAGGAUGAGGCUCAUCAUCUCCUCCCUGCUGACCUGCUCAGUCUUGGGGCUGUGUCUGGCUGUCCCCAGGGAAACUGUGAAAUGGUGCACCAUCUCCACUCAUGAGGCCACUAAGUGCUCCGAAUUCCGUGACAGUAUGCAGAAACUCCAACCUGAAACUGGUCCUCUUGUCAGCUGUGUGAAGAAAACCUCCCACACUGACUGCAUCAAGGCCAUCGCAGCAAAUGAAGCAGACGCUAUGACACUGGAUGCAGGCUGGGUGUAUGAGGCAGGCCUGGCUCCCUACAAUCUCAAACCUGUAGUGGCAGAGUUCUAUGGCUCAGAAGCAGAUCCACAAACCAGCUAUUAUGCUGUGGCCGUGGUGAAGAAGGGCAGCGGCUUCCAGCUGAACCAGCUCAGAGGCAAAAAGUCUUGCCACACAGGCCUUGGCAGGUCUGCUGGGUGGAUUGUCCCCAUAGGCUUACUCUUUCCGCAACUGCCUGGGCCAUGUGAUCCUCUUCAGAAAGCAGUGGGCAAUUUCUUCGCGGGCAGCUGUGUCCCCUGUGCGGAUCGGACGGCCUUCCCCAAACUGUGUCAACUGUGUGCAGGAAAAGGGAGCAACAAGUGUGCCUGCUCUACCCACGAACCAUACUUUGGCUACUCGGGUGCCCUCAAGUGUCUGAUGGAAGGUGAUGGGGACGUGGCCUUUAUCAAGCACUUGACAGUACUCGACACUCUUACAAACCAGGCUGAGAGGGACAAGUAUGAGCUGCUCUGCAGAGACAACACCCGGAAGCCAGUUGACAAAUAUAAGGAAUGCCACCUGGCCAGAGUCCCUUCCCAUGCUGUUGUGGCCCGAAGUGUAGAUGGCAAGGAGGACUCAAUCUGGGAGCUUCUCAAUAAGGCCCAGGAACAUUUUGGCAGAGGUAAAUCUAUACAAUUCCAGCUCUUCAACUCCUCUCAUGGGAAAGACCUGCUAUUUAAGGACAGUGCCCAAGGGUUUUUAAAGAUCCCCCCUAAGAUGGACUCCAAGAUGUACCUAGGAUAUGAAUAUGUCACUGCUCUUGAGAACCUGAGGGAAGGGUCAUGCCCACCUGUCCCAAAAAAUGAAUGCCGGAGUGUGAAAUGGUGUGCAGUAGGCCACCAUGAGAGGGCCAAAUGUGAUGAGUGGAGUAUAGGGAGUAAUGGGAAAGUAAAUUGUGAAUCUGCAGACUCCACUGAAGACUGCAUUGCCAAGAUCAUGAAAGGAGAAGCUGAUGCCAUGAGCUUGGAUGGAGGGUUCAUCUACAUUGCGGGCAAGUGUGGUCUGGUGCCUGUCCUGGCAGAGAACUACAAAUCUCAUGACACAGAUUGUGAGAAAACACCAGAAAAAGGGUAUUUUGCUGUGGCUGUGGUGAAAUCAUCAGCACCAGAUGACCUCACCUGGAACUCUCUAAAAGGCAAGAAGUCCUGUCACACUGCAGUAGAUAGAACUGCUGGCUGGAACAUCCCCAUGGGCCUACUCUACAACAAGAUCAACCAUUGUGAAUUUGAUAAAUAUUUCAGUCAAGGCUGUGCUCCUGGGUAUGAGCCAACUUCCAGUCUCUGUGCUCUUUGUAUUGGCUCAGAAAAUAAUCCAGAAAGGAAGUGUCAAGCCAACAGCAAUGAGAGAUACUAUGGUUAUACGGGGGCUUUCAGGUGUCUGGUUGAGAGUGGAGAUGUGGCCUUUGUGAAAGACCAGACUGUCAAACAGAACACUGAGGGAAAUAAUCCCGAAGCCUGGGCUAAGAAUCUAAAGCAGAGUGACUUCAAGCUGCUGUGCACUGAUGGCACCAGGAAGGAUGUGACCGAGGCUGAGAACUGCCACCUAGCCCGAUCCCCAAAUCAUGGUGUCGUCUCGAGGGAAGAUAAGGCAGCUUGCGUUCGCCAGCUGUUACUUAACCAGCAGGCCAUCUUUGGAAAAAAUGGAACUGCCUGCUUGAACAAUUUUUGUAUGUUCCGAUCUGAAACCAAGGACCUUCUGUUCAGGGAUGAUACAAAAUGUUUGGCCGAACUUCAGGACAGAACCACGUACGAGUCAUAUUUAGGAGCAGAGUAUGUCACUGCUGUGGCUAACCUGAAACAAUGCUCAACUUCGAGUGAGAUCAAACCUAAAAUACAACUCGGGAACUACCACUCCCGUGAUGCUCCGCUUCAGACGUCUGCGCAGAGCCCAGGGACACGUUGCUUUUACGGCGCCGGAGACCACGGAACUCAUAUGGCUUCCACCGGCUCCCAGCGAUUGGGGAAUGGUGGUGGUGUCGGGGGCGCCUUCCAACCCUAUCUAGACUCCUUGCGGCAGGAGCUGCAGCAGAGGGACCCGACUGUGCUGUCAGUAGUAGUGGCGCUUCUGGCGGUGCUGCUGACGCUGGUGUUCUGGAAGUUCAUCAGGAGCAGAAGGAGCAGUCAAAGAGCUGUACUUCUUGUUGGUCUUUGUGACUCCGGGAAGACAUUGCUCUUUGUCAGAUUGUUAACAGGCCUUUACAGAGACACCCAGACUUCCAUCACUGACAGCUCUGCUGUGUACAGAGUCAAGAAUACGAGGGGCACUAGCCUGACCUUGGUCGACCUCCCUGGCCAUGAGAGCCUGAGACUUCAGUUCCUAGAGCGAUUUAAGGCUUCAGCCCGGGCUGUCGUGUUUGUUGUGGACAGUGCAGCCUUCCAGCGAGAGGUGAAAGAUGUGGCCGAGUUUCUGUAUCAAGUCCUAAUGGACAGCAUGGGUCUGAAGAACACACCAUCAUUCUUAAUCGCCUGCAAUAAGCAAGACAUUACAAUGGCAAAAUCAGCAAAGAUAAUUCAGCAGCAACUUGAGAAAGAACUCAACACCCUGCGGGUCACCCGCUCUGCUGCCCCCAGCACACUGGACAGUUCCAGCGCAGCGGCUCAGGCUCAUCUGGGAAAGAAAGGCAAAGACUUCGAAUUCGCACAGCUGCCCCUCAAAGUGGAGUUCCUGGAGUGCAGUGCCAAGGGUGGCAGAGGGGACGCUGGCUCUCCCGACGUCCAGGACUUGGAGAAGUGGCUGGCUAAAAUCGCCUAGGGUCGAGUCCCAGCCACAAGCCGUGAAUGUGUAUUGGAGACUGGCAGUUUUGGAAAAGGGUGUGGUUAGAAACAUUUCCUUGUUCUGGAAACAAACUGUUGAAUCCAGCUUGGAAUUUUUUUUAAGUUCAGUUCCUCUUAUUGUUUUCAAAUUUGUCACUUUUAUUUGACUCGUGUGCCUUCCCUUUGUUAAAGUGUAUGUGACGUCCCUUUAGUGUCUCCUUGAUGUGGGCCAAGGUCCUCGUGACCAUGACAGUCGGACUCCACACAGGGAAGAUGUUAUCCUGAGGAAUGGUAAUCACCUGGGAGGUUCUCUUAGCUUGUACUUUGGUCCCUUUUUCCUGGAAACCUGUCUGUGUAUGGAACCAGUUCAUUUCCAGUUACUCUUGAAGUUCAUGGACAGUACAUCAUCCAGUCCAUUGUGAAUUCUCAGAUUUGUAGGCAGAGUUACAAUAUGGACUCUCAACAUAGGAAGACAGGUAGAAGACAGCGAGGCUCUGUUGACAUGGGGUCUGUUCUUCAUCAGCUCAGUGACUUGUCCACAGUCCAGCCUCAUAGCACUUAAAUUUUGCAAACAUGUCACGAACCCUUGGAACGGAUCAUUCCCGGAUGACAGGAAUGUAAAUGCUAAAUCUCCAAGUGCCAGGGGUCUAGUGUGCUCUAGUGGUUUCCCCUAACCAGAGAGCAUAUGGAGAUGUAGGAGCUGCUGUGGUUUUCUGGGCGGCUGAGAGCUCCUAAACUACGUUCAUGUGCUGCUUGAUCAGGUCCUAUUUUGUACUUAGCUAGAAUGCUGUGGAACAAAUA